AUGGACAAAGAUUGCGACAUGGUAUAUAAGAAUGUUUCUGACAUAUAUAAAUCUGAAGAAUUUAAGACCUACGACAACUUUGUUUCGUUAGUUGCUGAAUGUGUAUGGCAGAUAAGAGAUAAAGAUAGAAGAGGUAAGGUAUGGAAUGAACAGAUAAAACCAGCAGCUUUUGAGUUAAAGAAAACCAUUGACGCUUUAGUUGUUUUAGCAGGUAAGGUUUCAGAAUAUAACGCAAAAAUGAACCCGCAAUGUUCUAAAUGUAAAGCAGCAAUGAGGAGAUAUAACUACUCCGUCAAAGAGAUAGAACGUAUGCGAAACGACUAUGCAGACUUAAAGAAAGAAGCAGAGAAGCCGGUAGAAGAUAAAAUGGACAUGUUAGAAUUUCUGAACAAAAACUAUCCAACUGCAGAAGAUUUCCUUCUAUCUGACGUCAAGAAGAAGUAUAAAGAAACUUUCGGUAUCGUUAAAACAUUCGAUGUACUAAAAGAAGAAAUAGAAGCUACGAAACUGUUUAAGAUUUCAAAUAUACAUCGUACAAUUCAUGUAAAACGCUUGUGA